AUGUCCCUGCUGAGUCUCGGUCUCAUGGCCACCUCUAGUGGCUUCGCAACGCAGUUGUUGGCGCGGGUCGUUCUGGGCGCGGCCACAUCAGCUGCUUGGUUUUUUGAGCGCCGGCGCACACAUUGGCACGGAAGCUUUUUGACCGCUGACACCACCCUGCCCCAAGGAUCGCUCGGAAACCUCGCAGGUCCACCAUGCAUGGGUGCCCUCUUCGAUGCUGCCAGUGCAGAAGGUCUACCAGAGCCUCAAUUUUGGGCUGUACUGCCACCCCUCCUAUUGUUUGUCAUCAUCUACAAAAUGCUUCACGAUGUUGUGUCCAAAACCGAGCCUUUGCUCGAAAAGGAUAAACAAGACGACCUUUUGGCGAAGGCAUGUGGUGGUCUCUACUUGUUCAAAAACGGCCGGGUGUUGGUUUUAACCUUUGAGCUGAUCUGUAUUUUCGCAGCCAACAAUGCGUUCGUUACAGCCGCAGCUAUUGAACUGCAGAGAAACGGUUUUUCUUCUGCGUGGAUUGGGAUGAUCACCAUGCCUUCGGGAUUGAUGCAGUGCUUGCUAUCACAAUGGGCUGGUCGGGUUGCUGGUUCGGUCAAAAACCGCGAGCGAAUUCUUCUGUAUACACCAACAUUGCUAGGGUCUUCACUGUUGUUUAUAGCUUUCAUCGCCAAGAGCAUGGCAUUUUUGGCCACCCUGGAUUCAUCUGUCAGCACGUUGCUGGUGCCUAUUCUCUCCACGUUGGUCGUUUCGUCCGCGGCACUGGGCGCUGCAGAUGCCCCGGCGAUGUCGAUGAUGGCCGACCUGGCCGCUGCACAAGGUGUGGGCUACGGCCAAGCCCUCACGGCCUCAGAGAUGGCCAUCAACGCAGGCCUAGCAAUGGGUCCUUCGUUGGCAGCCUUGGCAUUAUCCGCAAAUUGGAAUUAUUUCGAGAUUUCUUUGGUAGGCGCAGUUUGCGCCUUGCUGGCUGCGCUCUGUAGUGUUGCCAGAACUGGUAAUGAUGCAGAGCUGUGGGAGCUACACGAGCAGGCAGCUGCAGAUGAGAGCGUUUUCGUUGGUGCUGGAAGGAGUGAAAUGGCCAGGCUCCCGGGACGCGGCAGCUGCAACCUUCUGGAAACCGCUGAACGAGUCAUCCAGCUGACUUACAACAGCCGUGCAUUGCUGGAGGUUGUCUUUGAUGAUGAGACUGGCUUCGGGGAUGGGGUGACACAAAGUUUCUACACGGAUGUUGCAGCAGAACUUUGCUCUGACUCCGAAGGGUCUUUGGGGCUUUGGGUAGAACACCUGCCACAAAGUCGCGUGAUGCAUCAAGGCAAGACAUUUUUGCAUUCUCCGCGUGGCCUUUUCCCACGACCUCAUGUUCCGGGCAGCCCAAAUUCUUUGGCUGCCUGCAAACGCUUUCGCUUUCUUGGCCGCCUCAUGGCAAAGGCAUUGAGAGAUGGCUUCAUCGUCCCAGUUGCGCUGUGCCCCCAUUUCUUCGAGGCGGUUUUAGGUGCAGAUCUACCUCUGGAAGCCUUGCCAUCACCAGGUGACGGUUGGUCUGGGGAGUUCCUGGGCGCUGCGGCGCGCUUCGCCCGGGACCGGCGAGCUGCUGGAGCUGCUGGAGCUGCUGGAGCUGCUGAACCGGGCUGGGCCGCCAAAUAUGUCCAGGCCAAAGGUGCUGCGGGCGAGAUGUCUUUCGACGAGUACUCUCAGCAUUGUUUCUUCCUGGAAACAGGGGCAUCAGGCAUGGAGAUUUGUGAAGGUGGAGCAGAACGUGCCCUCUCCAUUGCUAAUCUUGACGAUUUCGUGGAAUGUGCAGCCCAGUGGUGGUUAAGGGAUGGUAUCAUACCUCAGAGCGCGCUAGCACCCACUCGCCGCGCAGAUGUCGAAUUGCCCGAGCCACCAGAAUUGGCAAUGUCUGACGAGUCUGACGUCAAUGGCCUUGAAGCGAUGAGUUUUGUGAACGUGGCGUCCGUGACCAUGUCUGACAGUAACUCUGGGGCGGUGGGAGAGCCGUCUUUCGACUCUUUCAAGUCCUACGUUUCCGAAAGGAUUCGGGUAACCGACAAAGAGAUCCUGCGUGGCAUCACUCUUCGGGAGUCCUUGCGCAGAGGCGGAAGUUUGUGGCGGAAGAACCCCGAGCAAUUGACGAGAGGAGCCCGGGAAGAGUUAUAUCAGAAGUCCAGGCUCAUACAGCACUUGGACAUCUUCGUUUCGCACACCUGGGCCUCUGGAGGGUGGUCCAAAGCUCUGUCGCUUUUGAUGCAAAGUGGCUGCGGCGUCGCUUUGAUCUUUUGGUUCUUCGGAAUAGUACUUGCCGCCUUACUUUGUCACGCAGAUAUUUUGCCCAUGCCCCUCAGAUAUGCCCCUGGCACAGAAAGGUUUUCAGAAGCUUGUCCAUUGGGACCUUGGGUGAUGAUUUUGGGUACCUUCGGGACACUUGUGGGCUUGAUGCUUUCGCCAUAUUGCCCACGCUGCAAUCCGAUGGACAUGUGCUUCAUAGACGCAGCUUGCGUUCAGCAGACAGAUGAGACAAUGAUGAAAAGAGGUAUUCAUGGCAUCGGAGGUUUUCUGUUAGUUUCAAAGGAACUUCGCAUCAUUUGGAGCCCCGUUUAUUUGACCCGUUUGUGGUGUGUUUUCGAAAUCGCUACCUACAAGAAGUUGAAUCCUGAUGGUGCGGUUGUUCUGGCGCCAAUUUUCUUGGAGACUGUUGUGGUCCUUUUCUAUGCGUCAAAUUUGCUUGGUGCAGUUGCUUACUUGUUCAUCCGUGGCAGUGGUGCUGGAAGCUAUGUCGCUAUACCCGCCUUGCUCCUCUGUUGUUUACCAUACCUGAUCACUAUCCACUACCUGCGGAAAAAUUAUGUACAAAAGCAUCGGCUAUUUGCACAGUUUGAGAACUUUGACUUGGACUUAGUGGAAUGUUCCAAUGAAUCGGACCGCAACUUUGUCCAUACAGCUAUUACUCAACUGUAUGGCAGCAACGAAGGCUUCACUAGCUAUGUGAAAGGCGCCCUUCGAGAGGAACUCCUGCGCCCAAUUGCUGGCAGUGUUGGGCCUGAAAGGUAUGCGCUAUUGAUUGAAUCUCCCAUACUCAGCAUGUUGCUGGAAUUUUGCAUUGCGCUUUGGAAGGGCGGGGCUCUACCUGAUGUGAUCCUUCUCUAUGCAGUGUCACUAGUUCUGGGACUGUUGUUUCAUCAUCGAACGGCCAUCAGUCUCGCCAUACUUCUGAGCGAUCACUUUGCGGAGCCUGCGUGUUCAUCGAUCUGCGUGGACUUACUGCAGACAUUUCUGAUCUUCCUCGUGUUUCUGCUACAUGUUGCGCUCGGCACUGCGCUGUGCCAGGGAGCAUUCUUCACCAAUCAGUGGUUGCUCUUGCCAGGCAUUAGCAUUCUCUUUGCGGUGGCGCAUUUCGCUGUGAUUUGGUUACAGCGCAAAUCGAACUCUCGUCGACUGACAUCGACAGCCUCAUAG